CAAAGAAAUAUGGAAAUAAAAAAGAACUAAAAAACAGACGACAGCCAGACAGGGAAGGUCGAUGAAGGCAGGCAGUACAUAAACACGAAAAUUUUCCAAAGAAGACCGACAACAAAAAUAUUUCAACUCAGCUAUUUGAGUCUGUGGUGUCAAUUACUAAACAAAUGUCGUCCAUAACAAAUUGGUUGAUGGUGGCCAUAGUGGCCACCAGUUUGGUGGGAAAUGUUUUUGCCAUCCAAUGCUAUCAGUGUGAAUCAGGGCAAAACUCAAAGUGCGGCCUACGUUUCGAACCGGAGGAGAGCAUGAAAAUCGAUUGUAGUUCAAGUAAACCACCACGUCAUAUAAGAAACGCUCUGGAUGGUCAGAAUAUGGAAGCCACGGGUUGCAUGAAGCAAACAUUGGAGAGCAAACUUGGUGGAAUUUACAUAGCCCGUUCCUGCUACUUUGGCGAUUUGACCAAUCAAGUGGUUGGCUGUCAAAUUGAUCCAAAUGACGUUCUGGUGUAUUUGGAUAGAUGUGAUGUCUGUACGAGUGAUUUAUGCAAUACCUCAUCCACGGUUACGCCAAUUGCAAUUUUCAUACUGGGUAUCUACAGCUUGACUCGCUGGCUAUUCUGAAAAAAAAACGCUCCAAAAAAUAACUAAUGUACCAUUAAAGACUUAUUUUUAUAGGAAUCUCUGUUAUUUGUGGUAGAUUAUGAUUGACCUAAGACGUAUUUUUUUAGUUUGAAAUCAAAUAAAAAAGUAUUAAAAAUAUU